AUGAAGACCAAAAUUAUUAAUGAUUUAAAGACCAUAGUUAAUAAUGAUAUAAGGAAUAAUUUGAAACAUACAGAUGAUAAGAAAGAAUUAUCAAUAAAACUAUCCAAUAUUAUUAAAAAUCAUAUAAAAACCUUAACAUCUAAUGAAUAUAAAAUCAUUGUUGAAAUUUUUCUUAAUGAUAAUAAAGAUCAAGGAGUAAAUAUUUCGACUAGAUUGUUUUAUAACAAACAUACCGAUUUUUUUUUUAAGGAAACAAUAGUUAAUGACAACACUUAUUGUUUUAUAGUCGUUUAUUUAAUACAUAUAUAA